UAAAUAUUUUUGAAAUAGCUCAACCAUUGUCCAAUGUCUUAUAGUCAUUUGUGGCAUUCUAAAUUUAAUAUUAUCGCUAAACUCACGGCGUAAUCCCUUCCGCUCCCUGCAUGCUAACAUUAGCUAUACGCGGAAGCUAACUGUUUGCUAGUUGCCGUUAGCAAACAAGCCAACCGUUAACGAUAAUACCGUAAUUGAUAGUCUAGAUAGCUUUAUCGCACUUAUUAGAGUCGGGUAGUUAUUUUUCCUGGUUUCAGAGAGAGACACACUUCCAUGUGGUCCAACUUUAACUAUAGGAUGUUAUCACGGUGUUGUUACCUGUAGCCAGCUAUGGCUCCAGGGGAUGUGGUGCCAGACCAUAUCAAGCAGGUGAAGCCCAAAGAGAAGCGUCCUGCGAUCAAGGCACCGAAAGCAGACUGUGAGCCGGAUGGGUCGUUUAUCUUCGAGGCUCAUGAGGCCUGGAAAGAUUUCCAUAACUCCCUCAGACAUUUCUAUGAAGUAGGAGAGCUCUGUGACGUCACGCUGAAGGUUGGCAGUAGGCUGAUACCAUGCCACAAGCUAGUGCUGGCUUGUGUGAUCCCUUACUUCAGGGCCAUGUUCCUGUCAGAGAUGUCCGAGGCUAAGCAGAACCUCAUAGAGAUCAAGGACUUUGAUGGUGACGCCAUCCAGGACCUGGUGCAUUUCGCUUACUCCUCAAAGCUCACAUUAACUGUGGACAAUGUUCAACCUCUGCUGUAUGCUGCCUGCAUCCUUCAGGUGGAAUUGGUGGCGAGAGCCUGCUGUGAGUACAUGAAGGCCCACUUUCACCCCACAAACUGCCUGGCGGUACGUACCUUCGCUGAGAGCCACAAUCGCGUGGACCUGAUGGACAUGGCCGACCGCUACGCCUGCGAACACUUCACUGAGGUGACGGAGUGCGAGGACUUCACCUGCGUGUCUCCCAAGCACUUGCGCACCUUGUUGUCCUCCAGCGAACUCAACAUUCACUCAGAAACACAGGUGUACAACGCAGCCGUGAAAUGGCUUAAGGCUAACCCGCAGCACCACGAGGACUGGCUGGAACAGAUCAUGUCUCAGGUGCGCCUCCCCCUGCUCCCUGUAGAGUUCCUGACGGGGUCAGUGUCGAAGGACGAGAUGAUUAAAGGGAACCUGAGCUGUCGCGACCUGAUGGACGAAGCCAGGAACUACCACCUGCACCUUAGCAACAAGGUGGUGCUGGACUUUGAGUAUACAGUCCGUACCAUUCCCCGGAAACACACUGCAGGGGUUUUGUUCUGUGUGGGGGGCCGGGGGGGUUCUGGUGACCCAUUUCGCAGCAUCGAGUGUUACUCCAUCACCAAAAACAGCUGGUUCUUUGGUCCUGAAAUGAACAGCAGACGGCGUCACGUGGGUGUCAUAUCUGUAGGAGGCAAGGUGUAUGCUGUCGGGGGCCAUGAUGGUACCGAACACUUGGGCAACAUGGAGAUGUUUGACCCCCUCACCAACAAGUGGAUGAUGAAAGCCUCCAUGAACACCAAGAGGAGGGGUAUAGCCCUGGCAGCGCUCGGUGGUCCUAUCUACGCUAUCGGAGGUCUGGACGACAACUCCUGCUUCAACGAUGUGGAGCGUUACGACAUCGAGGGCGACUGCUGGAGCGCUGUGGCUCCGAUGAACACGCCCAGAGGAGGAGUGGGAUCCGUGGCGUUGGGGAGUUUUAUGUACGCAGUGGGAGGCAACGAUGGCGUGGCGUCACUGUCCAGCGUGGAGCGGUUCAACCCCCACCUCAACAAGUGGACCGAGGUCAGCGAGAUGGGCCAACGCCGGGCGGGAAACGGAGUCAGCAAGCUGAACGGCUGCCUCUACGUAGUGGGUGGUUUCGAUGACAAUUCACCGCUGAGUUCUGUCGAGCGCUUUGACCCACGAAUGCACCGCUGGGAGUACGUGUCCGAGCUGACCACCCCGCGGGGGGGCGUCGGGGUCGCCACUGUGAUGGGAAGAGUGUUCGCAGUCGGGGGGCAUAACGGGAACAUCUACCUGAACACGGUGGAGGCCUUUGAGCCUCGAAUGAACAGGUGGGAGCUGGUGGGCUCCGUGUCUCACUGCCGGGCCGGGGCGGGGGUGGCGGUCUGCUCGUCUCACGUCAGUCAGAUCAGAGACGUCGGCCAGGGCUCCAGCAACGUGGCCAACUGCAUGUGACCCCCCCCCCAACCCACUGACCACCAGUUGACUGACUGCCAGGCCUCCUUCAGAUCUGACCACCACCGCACAAGCACACAACACAAAGCACACCCACAGUGACGGAGUGACAUCACUGCGUCACUGUCCCUGAACGCCAGCCUCAAACUGUUUUGGGAAGACGUUCAGUUUGCACACAGUGAUGGAGGAAUGUUAGGGACUGACUUGAAGUGCACAUCUGACAAAUCUGAGGGGUUUUCUUGACUCCUGCUGGUGUUAUUUGCAAUCAGUGAUAUAGUAUUUUGUACUGUAUUGUAUUUGUUUGACUGCCUUUGACAUCGUUUUUUAAGGGAACAUAUUAACUGAAACUAUUUAGUAUUUAAUGUUAUCAUCUCCAGAAUGAAAGGUUAUGUUUUGGGGGAUUUGGUUUAACUGCACGUUGUGAAUGUGGACUGUAUAUAAGCCAGUAUGGACGCAUUCCUUCUUCUAGAUUGCAGUUGUUUUAAUUAUUCACAGAUAUGUGGCAGAUAAGUGAUUUAACAAAAGAAAAAUCUUCAAACUGGAUUCACUCUUGCAGUGCAGCGUGUGCACCAUUCUGAAAUAUGCUGACAAGAUGUCGAUAACAUUUCCAAGAUUCCUGAGAUCUUAUGCUAAUCAGUAAGAGUGUCUAAAGGCGCAGAAUGAAUCUACCGGCAGCAGCCAGCUGGACCACACUGCAGCAGAUGUAGCUGCCUGUUCAUGUGUUUGAGCAAUCACUGACCGGGACAAUCAGGUGUGUGAGGCGCCGGGUCCGAGGAGUUCACCGCCGCAAACGCCAAGCACAAAAACGUGCGUUCCAGGACUCUGUCGAUGCAAACCUGGUUGAACGCCUGCUGAGCCCUGAGUGGAACUCCUUAACCUCUCCCUCAGAGCGGAGGAGGUGUGACUGGCUGAGAGUCGGGGACUGAUCAGAGCAAUACGGUGCGCCUCUACACUUCUUUUCCAGUUUUACAUUAUUGUACAGAGAGAAGGUUUGUGUUUGACGAUAGCUGGACUGUCAGAAAUCCUAAUCAGAGUGCUUUCAGAUGUGAGAGAGAGGCAGCUGAGGUUUGCAGGCGGUUGCGCUAUAUUUUAAUAUAUGGACAUUUUGUAUAAUAAUAAAAAUAGGUGUAUCUUUGGCAUUAUCCUUUACUACACUCUUAUCUAAUCCAUUGCUGUGCACUAUUUUCCUAGAAUAGAUGUGAAGUCUGAGUAUAUUUUGUCCUGAAUGGAUCAUUUCACGUUAUUCAUGUUAUAAGUUUGAAGAUGUUUAUUUAACACUCGAUUUCUAUUCUAUCUAUGGAGCAAUUCAUCAUUUCUGGGUUUUUUCAGAAUAGUUUGAUGGUUUUUAAAGAAGUGCUAUAUACAAUUUGACUAGAAACAGCUGUUAUUGCACAGUUUGUGUCCUGCCGGCAAUCCUUUUGGUGCAUAUUAUAAACACUGUACAUCGUUUUUUAAACCAAACUAAAACAAAAACUUGAUGCCAUCUUUGUUAGCAAAUGAGCCAGAAACUCCUUUUGUAAGUUUUUUUGUAAACUUUACUGUACUUUGUGUUGUUCCUCCUCUUCUUCACUACUUCCAUAUUGUUCUUUUUAUUUACAUGGUAUUGGUGCAUUGGGAAAAUAAAGUUAUGUGAAAAGAU